AUGGCGGGUCGCACCAUAACGUCGAUGUGCACUGUCGAGGAUGAGUCCCCGGCACCUCUGUUCGUUGGUCGAGAAGACGGCUCCAUUGAACUCUACGGUUCCGCCGAUGCUGCCUGUUUCGGCAAGCCAUCGUUGAUACUCUACGGCCACACCAAAGCCGUCACAGCCAUGUUUGCCCCAUCUACUGACGAGGUUUUUUCGUGCUCAAUGGAUGGCACACUUCGUCACUGGUCCACAGAGAGGGAACUGGAGGAAAUGAAGCACUGCUUAAAUGUGUCAAGGGUGGGAACCCCGCUGCGGUGCCUCAUGAUGCAUGAGGGUGCUCUUUAUACCGGUGGCAAUGAUGGAUGUCUGUAUGCUAUUGAAGGGUCGCGGCGGUCCUCCUGGCCAGGGCACAAGGAUGUCCUCUCUUGUAUUACCGUUGUAGCAGAGGAUUCUCAAUAUGUUAUCACUGGAAGUUACGAUAAUCAGAUUCGCGUCUGGGACACAAGGUUGGCCAAAACCAUCCGAUUACUUGUUGGUCACCAGAACCACGUUAAAUGUCUGCGUGUUAUUGGGGCAGGGGAAUUACUCCUCUCGUUUGGGCGCGAUCUCACGAUUAAAAUAUGGAGGCUGCCGGAAUUUGGAGAUGAGGACGAGGAAGACGUGGCACCUUCUUCACCCGACAAUAUCCGCCAAGCGACUGUCUCCUUCAGGGAACCAACGGACACCACGCCAAUGCCUGAUCAUCCCGCCGCUACAGCAACAGAUGGCGGGGAGGAAUCAGGAGAGGUGCCCGCGAAAGCAUCGUCCAGCCCUGAAGUGAAUCCCGGGCCUGCGGAUGAAUCAGUGAACAAGCACUACCGUGCGGCUGUGCAAGGUGCAACGGCGGUGAAAUCUGCUAUCAAAACACGUCCUCAGCCACCAAUGCGACAGCUGCGGUGUGUGGGCACGAUUGAAAUUCCAGAGGCGCCUCACGUUGUGGCCGCCACAAGUAACGAAGCGUCUUAUUGUCAUAUUGGCACUUCUGAUGGGUAUGUGGUAGGUGUGAAUGUGCGUGCGCUCUCGCGGUCUGUGCUGCAGUUUCCUUCACGCAAUGCGGCCGAGGUGCGGGCGGAUACACGUGGAACGCGUCUGACACUUCGUUUGUCGAUAAGAUCCAUUAAGAAACGGUGCAGAAAUGCUAUUCAAAAAAAACAACUGGAGCUGCUGCGAGCGGCGAAGCAUGCACGAGCCAAAAAGAAGGCAGAGGAGCGAAAGGAACGCGCUGCCGCACGUGCAGCCGAACGUGAGGCGAGGGCCGCCAAACGUGCCGAGGAGGAAGACGACGACGAAGAGGAGGAGGAGGAGGAUGAGGAUGAGGAGCAGGAUAUGGAGGAAGAGGAAGAGGAAGAGAACGAUGGUGACGAGGAGCAAGAAGAAGAAGAGGACCCUCUCGCUCUGUUAGAUGAUGCGCAGCGUGAGGAGCUUGCGGCCUUCCGAAAGCAACAAGAAAAGGAACGUGAUGAAGAGAUUGAAUCUUUGCGCAAAGCGGCGGAGGAAAGAAAUAAAGUGGUUGGCAAAAUAGGGUCUGCCACUUACGACACCACUCGCGAUCGGUUUUUUUUUUUGAGUUUCACAAGCUACAAGAAGAUUGGUAGCGACGCGGUGCUGGGGUUGGUGGCACUGCCAGGUGGGACAUGUUGCGCCGCCCAGUCAGACCGCAUCAAAUCCGCAGACACCACACCUGGCAUCACAUACUUGUAG